UUUAGUGAGUCUAGCUAGAAAAGGCAUUAGGUAUUCAGGUGUAUUCUGGUGAGGAUUUAUGAGUACGUUCGCCAUUUGGCCAUGCCUCUUUCCAGCAGCUAGCUCUGCAUAACGUUACGGUGAGACCGAGUCUGGCCGGGUUCGUUUCCUUGGGUAUAUGCUGCCAUUAAUUUACACUGCAAAGGUAAGGAAGGCGUCCGAGUGGUCAAUGCGAGUCCACAAUUGCAACCAACCAAACCACACCUGCUGCUACUCCGUACGCGCACCGCUACCGGCGGUGCUGGCGCGGCUACGUCGCCGCGGCGCUGGACAGCGGCUGCGGUGCCCGGUGCCCCGGCUGUUAUGGUCCUGAGGAGAGUACCAGCGAAGCAAGCCAAAUCAGAGUGAGUUGAGCUAGCACAUGAGCUGGAGAUACGAAUCUUGGGUCACGUUUACCUGUCCUGCGUGACAUUGUUAUGGGCGGUGGCCCAUGUAAAGAAUAGCUAUAUAAAUCUGAAUUCCCUUCCUCUCCUCUGUUCCUAUUCGUGCUACCAUUCUUAUCGAUUUAGAGAGCUAGGACCGUGACAAUCGGUAUCAGAGCCUCUUCCCCACAAAUUCCACUCGAAAUUUUUCCUCCGACGCCGCUGCGAUCUGGCUCCUUCGCGCAAGCCGACGAAGUUGCAGCUUCAGAUGGCGGCAUCGUUCGAAGACAUCGUGAAGAAGCUCGAGGGCUUCGAGACGAUCAUGCAGGAGACCUUGGAUAAGGUCAGCGGCAUGGAGGCAUGGCAGUCCGUGACGGACACGUCCAUGGGAGCGUUACUACUGACAAAGUUCGAUGAGGCCGCUCUGCGACUCCGCCGCCUGGAAACAGCACCACUGCCGCAAACCCCGCCUCGACCUCCGCCUCCACCACCUUCGCGUUGGGUCGAACUCCUCCACCUCAACUUGGCUCCACCAGCGGUGACACGCCCACCUGCGUGGACGAUGGAGCGGCCCAGCGGGCACCGUUCUGAAACUGGCCACCGGGAUGUUGGCGGUGGGAUCCUUGGCUCCCAUCCGCCACACCCGGUCAAGGAUAUGCACAACAAUGGUUCUUCUUGGGAUCAAAAUUGCCAGCCAGCCACAGAUUGAAUUGAAGAACGAAAUUGUAAAUGAAUUUUCAGUGAUUCAAGCUACUUUUGCAAUGAAAGUUCACAAAAGAGAGGAUAAAGAAACACUAUUUCCUUUUGUGGAAACUAAAUUAACGAAGUUGAUGCAGUUCAGGUGCAUUUAGGAUGUGUAGCCUCCCAAUUUCGUUUGAGUUUUGUGAGAAAGUUCAGAGAUAUGCUUGUGAUGUUCAGAUUAUGGGGGAGUUCAAAUGUUCAGACAUUGCAGAGUUCAUACUUCAGACUUGAGAUGUCCAGAUAGUGUAGGGAGUUGAGAUGUUGUUAGGGUUCAGAUCUUCAGAGGCUUCAUUUUCUUCUAAUCUGAAUUUCAGUAAGUCAUGUUAUUAUAAUUUUUUGCCAUCUCGUCAUUUUUAUCUGCUCAUUCUUGCAACAGCUUCAGAUGCUACUAUAUCCUCUAUGUUCUGUUACCUGCAUCAGUUUCUGAUGCUACUAUACCUUGUAUGCUGUCUUCAGGUUGGUUACUUGGUCCCCCGCUAUAUGUUUUGAACAAUUCCAGUAUCAUCCUAUUUUGUAUACUUUACUACUGAGAUUAUCACUUUUUCAAUAUUGGUUUAUUUGUUCUCUUUUCACUUGAUAUAUAUUACCGUGGCGAUUGAAUUUCAUGACUGUGCUCAACACAUCAUUGACGAUGCAAACGAGUACAUCAAAAUCAUGAUAGAGCCAUAGGAGGAAGGUCAGGAAGGGAAGCAAGAAUGAGAGACAUUUUGGAUAAUGUGCUCCCAUGUA